AUGUCCGUUCUUCACCAGGAUAAAAAAUUGACAGGUCCUGAUACGGAUCCUAUCCUGAAGAUGCAAGGAGUCCCCUGGGUAGUCCGCAAAGCUAUCGGCAUAGCAACAGUAUACCUCGACUACUCAGUCUAUACUAGCGAAUGCUCCGAGUCUCCGGGCUCAGUACUGAACAUAGACAUACACCAAACCGCAACAGCUGGACUUGCAGGGACGAGUGAAAGCCGUCGACUAGACUGGAAUAUACAGACACAUUCCGAUUACAUCUUCGGUGUGCUCAGUUCUCAGAGCCGGCUUAUUGACGGUGCUGCGGAUUCUGAAGGGACUGUGCGGCCCGAUGUCGAGGUGCAGACCAAGGUUGAUGAUGAUAAGGUUGUUGCCUUUCUUAAGGGGAAGAUUCUGCCCGAUGGGACUCCGAGUAUUGGGUUUGUUGCAGAGGGCAGUGGGGUUGGGGGAUGGGUGCAUACUUUUGCGUCGAAUCAGAAAGCUGGAUGGACGGCUGAACAGGUCUGGGGCUUUGAGAUGAUUGAUGGUCUAUGCUGUCAUACUCGUCGGUGUGUGGUUGCUGAUUCUAAGGGAGCGUAUCGGAUGGCUCGACUUGUUUAUACUAGAUAG